AUGGCGGAGAGUCAACGGCCAGUGGGCCUCCUGUUCGAUAUCGGCGGAGUCUGCGUUGUAUCGCCUUUCCAGGCUAUCCUGGAUUACGAAAUCGAGCAUAACAUCCCCGAAGGAUGGGUGAAUUUCAGCAUCUCACGCACAUCCCCCAACGGCAGCUGGCACCGACUGGAGCGCGGGGAGAUGAAGAUGGAUGCAGAGUUCUUCGCCGAAUUCAACAAAGAUCUACGGAAGCCCGAUCUAUGGGAGCAAUUCAACGCGAAUCUUCAAAAAAAGAAGGGGCCCAAUGCCGUUGGUUCCACCCCACCCUUGCCUGAGAUUGAUGCAGAAUGGCUAUUCUGGGAGAUGAUGAGAAUAUCCAGAACACCUGACCCCUUCAUGUUCCCGGCGCUGAAGAAAUUGAAGGAAUCAGGGAAGUUCAUCCUGGGGGCUCUCUCGAACACGGUCAUUUUCCCGGACGGACAUGAAUACAACAAAGAUACCUUUGGCCGCACGACGGUAUUUGACUUUUUCAUUUCGUCUGCCCAUUCGGGGCUGAGAAAGCCGGAUCUAAAGAUAUAUCAGGCUGCUUUGGAGGAAAUGAAUGCUGCUGCUAAGAAGAAGGGGUUGGAGCAGCCUGUGCGCGCAUCUGACGUUGUCUUCCUGGAUGACAUUGGGCAGAACUUGAAGCCUGCGAAGACUAUUGGAAUGAGGACCGUCAAAGUAAAUCUCGGACAUAUAGAGGAUGCCGUCAAAGAGUUGGAGAAGAUUACUGGUCUUCAACUGUUGGAAGGCCAGGAUAAGGCACGGCUAUAG